AUGGCGACCCCUCCCAACCCCCCUCCUCCUCCGCCUCCCCCACCCUUCCGCACCACCGACGGCGCUCCCCCCAGCCCACUUCGCUCCAUGCCCCUCCUCAUGCCGACGACGCUGGCCCAGGGCACUCUUCUCGCCUGCCAUGACGCUGAGUGGCGCACCUUAUUUGAGGUCCAGUUCCAGAAGUCGGGUGUCGCCGACCACCUGACAGGUCUGCCUCACUCCUCCGACCCUGCGUGGCUCCAGGACGACGCUCUUGUCGUUUGCUGGCUGUACAACCGGAUCAACACCGAGAUCUCCGGGCUAGUUCACCAGGGCGGCACCACCGCGGCCACCGUCUGGGACUCAAUCCGUGCCCUCUUCCUGGAAAACCGGGAGCACCAGCUGGUCAUCCUCGCCACCGAGUUCCGACGCAUCGAACAGGGGUCUUCUUCCAUCAUCUCCUACUUCGCCAGGCUCAAGGAGUGCGCCGACCGGCUCGCCGACCUCGAUGAGGUUGUCCAAGACCGCGAUCAGGUUCUCAACAUUAUACGUGGUCUCCAUCCCCGUUUCCGCUAUGUCGUCCCCAUCCUCACUAUGCAGACGCCCUUCCCCUCAUUUCUGCGCUGCCAGGCGUUCCUUCUUCUCGAGGAGAGCCGCCACGCCGAGGAGACUCCCCAUGAGAUCGCAAUGCAUGUUGGGCACGCACCGGCGCAUCCAUCCAGCGGCGACCACAACAACCGUAGCAACGGGGGCGGGCGCUGA